CAUUUAAUCAACUCGAAUCCCUAGGGAAGACAAAACAGUUCGGCUUUGCAAGCAGCUCGAGUUUUCAAAGUAAAAAUAAUGAUGAUAGCAUCCAGGGUGGCCGGGUAGUUCGACUUCCUGAGUUGGACAUCGGGGUUCAAAGUGCGCGAACGUGUCUUUGUUUGGCAAUGAUUUUUGUGUAUCAUUAACAGAAACUACGAGCUUGGGCGUAUUCAUAAUUUCACACAUCACCGGUGCUGAAGCUUGAAUGAUUAUCCUAAAGUAAGAAACCGGGGACUAGAAUCUUGAAUGAAAGUUUUUAUAUGUCAAAUGAUAAACAGAGUUUUCACUCACUGGACAAUUUCCAACUUGCCUCAGAUCCCAGACAUCGCUCUCUUUAUUGUGAAAAUCCGUUAAUAUUUCAUGUGUUUGCAUAACGCAUUUGAAAUAAGCUCUUGUUUAACGCCGCAACACUAGUAGACAGGAGCUUGCCUUUGGGUGCGUUAUCUGACAGGAUUAUUAAAUGCGACACUCUGCUUGCUAUGAAAAAUAGGGUCAUGGAUGGCAUCCUUCCAAAAAAGACCCCCUAAUUGGAAAAUGAAUGCAGUCCGUUGAAUGCGCUAAGCUCCCGCGGGCUGUAUUAUCCCAAGUCCUAUGAUUACUUCUCACCCAUCGGCACGUCUGCGCGAUCCAGAUAUUGAAUAGUGAAGAUAUUGAGUACGAUGAAGGUGCACAAACUCAGGUCUCUGUUCGCCUUGUGCGGCAUAGCUUUGCUACUCGCAAUGUCAGAAGGUUCCUCCGAAUUCAAGGAUGAAAUCCUGGAAUGGCACAAUUACUACCGCAAAAUACACCAGGUGGAUGACCUGACGUGGUCUGAGUCGCUUCAGAACGCAUCCCAGGCAUACGCUGAGCAGCUGGCAUUAGAGGAUAAACUUGGCAAUGACGGGUCAUCUAACGUGAUCCAGUGGCCCGGUCUACCGUCAAACAUCGGAGAGAAGUCCGUAAAGUUCAUCUAUAAAGAGCAAGCCAAGUAUAACUACGACAGCCCGGGCUUUUCCUUCUCUACUGGACACUUUUCCCUUAUGGUCUGGAACGCGUCGAGGCAGCUUGGAGGUGCUUGGGCAAGAAAUACCACUUCCGGUAGAAGCUACGUCGUAUUCAAGUACAAUCCACUUGGCAACUCGGGAGGAAGUUCAGAGUACGAGAAGAACGUACUGCGCCCGGUCCUGCCCCUUUGCAAUGCCACUCUGGACGUACCUACUACGCGAAUGCCCUGCCGCUGGCCAUCGUCAUCGCAGGCGCUUGAAGCUAUCACCGCUGUACGUUUGAUGCUGCUUGCGGUUUUCGUGUGUCUCACUGUUAAAAAUGUUCUGUGAGACGUUUAAAGAGGCUAAUUCACUUUUCCAUGCAUCACACUUGGGUGGCUGGACUGAACUCUUUUUAAAAAGUAUUGUUUAAAAACAAUAAGGCAAUUAAUAGCAGAAGGCUGAAUUUAAAGGCAUGCACAAACAGUCGAUGAACGAAAGGUACUUGCAGAACCGCUACGCGACAAGCCCUCAUGUAAUUAUGGGUAAAAAAACACUAGGGCGCUUUUAUCGCACUUUAAAUCAUAAAGAAACCAGCUUUUUGCGAGACAGAUAAAUUUAAAUGUAUUUUUUCUGUCUUUUUCCUAUGAGAUUAAAUCUUUAGAACAUUUGUUUUUCCUACUAUCCACAAAGUUUUGGUCUUUUUGAAAAGAUAAUUCUAAUUUAAAUUAAAAGAAGUUCUUGCGACUCCUGUAGCUAACAAGAACCUUUCGUCAGUCGAUUUGUUUCCAGUGAAACUGGAUAAUAUUUCUAAUCAUAAUGUAGCUAGAUGUUUUUACUGGUCCUUGUACGCAUAACACAAGUCUGAAUUACCAACAGUAGUGAACGACUCUUUGAUGAAAGUUUAUUUUCCUUCUCUGUCUAAUCAGUAAUAUUUCAGUAAAUAAUCGGGUUUUUUUUCAUAUAAUUAAUUAUUCAACAAAGGAGAUUUGGGUGUACACAUGAUGGCUGUUUAAACUGCUUCUUAGGCUUCGCGUGAUCUUGAGAAGAUUCUAGGACUUCAAAAAGGGUAAAUGACUCUGUGGGGAUCUAUGCAUCGUAAUCGUAGCACGCAGUGCUUCAUAAUUUUCACUUAAACCUAAAUGCGAUACUAGGUUUGAAAAUGUUAAGCUUUCUUGGUUUUCAUGACCGAGAUUUUCUGAUGCAGAAAACGUUACCCAUGACGCUCGGGCUGCGACGCGUGGAUUCCAGAAGUGCAAAUUUAUCUAAAACAGGUGUAUAAGCAUGUUCUAUAGUAAAGAUUGUAUUUAAAUUCCCAA